AUGGCAGGCAAGAAAAAGGAAAUUCAGCUGCAGGCAACAAUACUCAAUCAGACUCAGUGGGAUGAUAUGUUGUUGGUUAAAGGUCUAACAGUAGUAGAUGUUUACCAAGCUUGGUGUGGGCCUUGCAAAGCAGUCGUUAACCUGUUCAGAAAAUUAAAAAAUGAAUAUGGUGAAGAUGACCUUCUACAUUUUGCUGUGGCAGAGGCCGAUAGCAUUUUGACUCUAGCUCCAUUUAGGGAGAAAUGUGAACCUGCAUUUAUCUUCUGCGUGGAUGGCAAAAUGAUAGAUGUAGUAAGAGGAGCAAAUGGACCUCUCCUGAAUAAAAAAGUAGUGGCACUAAUAGAACAAGAGAGAAAAAUCAUAGCAGGGGAAAUGCCACGGCCUGAGGUUCCCGAACUUGUAUUUGUGGAAGAGAAAGACUCAGAUGAAGAAGCAGAGGAAGAAGAAGAUUUAGAGGAAGAAAAAUACAAUGUUGUCAUCAUAAAACCCGAUGCAGUCGCUGAAGGAAAAGUUGAAGAAAUUGUACAAACGAUUACAGCAGCAGGUUUUAUCGUUGUCGCACAGGAUGAGAGGAUUUUACAAGAAGAGGAAGUUAGGGAGUUUUACAGAAGCAGAGCAGAAGAGCCUGACUUUGAAGACUUCAUUGCAUUUAUGGUGGCUGGACCAAGUCACAUUCUGAUAGUUGCAGAAGGUAAAGAAGAGAUGUUAAAUUUAUGUGAAAUUAAUGAUAGCAUAGAGGAAGCAAGCAGGCAGCUUGCCUUCUUCUUUCCUAGUUUUUCCAGGAAAAAGAAAGGCCCUGCUGUCGAAAGAACAUUGGCCUUGAUUAGACCGGCACUCUUAAGGGAAAGAAGAGAAUCUAUUCUGAAGAGGAUUGAGGAUGAUGGUUUUACAAUAGCAAUGCAAAAAGAAAUCAUUCUGUCAGAAGAGCAAGCUCGACUGUUUUACAAGGAACAUGAAAAUCAAGAUUUUUUCCCAACACUCCUAGCAGAAAUGACCAGUGGACCAACUCUUGCGCUUGCUUUGGUGCGAGAAAAUGCAGUACAAGAAUGGAGAAAUGUACUGGGCCCAAAGACUCUUGAGGAAGCAAAGGAACAAUGUCCAAACAGUUUGCGUGCUGAGUUUGCUGUUGAAAAUGCGCCUAUCAAUCAGCUCCACGGUAGUUCUUCUGCUUCUAAAGCUGCAGCGGAAUUAGAAUUCUUCUUCCCAGUGGAGCACACUUUGGCUGUCAUUAAGCCCUCUGCUCUUAUAGAACACAAAGAUGAGAUUAUAGGUCAGGUCAAAAAUGCUGGAUUUAUAAUAUCUGAAAUGCAAGAAACGCGCAUAACUCCAGAAAUGGCAACACAGUUUUACAAAGGUCAUGAAGGGCAGCCGUUUUAUGAGCAGCUUGUGGAAUACAUGUCCAAAGGCCCGUCAAUGGUGAUGAUUCUAACCAAAGAAAAUGCUGUGGAAGAGUGGCGAAAAUUAAUGGGGCCAACAGAUCCAGAAAAAGCUAAAGAGACUGCUCCUCAAUCACUACGUGCUCGAUUUGCUAAAGAUAUUUUGCGCAAUGCGGUUCAUGGCUCAUCGAAUGCAGAUCAUGCUUUAGAAACCAUUGAAUUCCUCUAUGGCGAUAUUGAUCUAGAGAGCCUCAAACACAAAUAUGUAUAUCUGUAA